CAGCAGAGACACUUCCAUCGUUUUGAGCUUGGUGGGCAAAAUAUGGGCCAAUCCUCCCAGCCACAAGUUCCGCUGUGAUUUAUGACCGGAGUCGGCGCCCACCAACCGGGGUGCGUGCGACCUGACCAGCACCGCACAUCGGCAGCGAAAACCCCUCCGUUUUUUCUUCAUCUCUUCUUCCAUUUCGCUUCUCCCACCACCAUACCACCACGGGUCAUAACCCCCUCCUCCUCCUCUCAUCCACCCACCGUCACCUCUCUCCCUCCUCAACCUCUGCUUGGCUGUCUGCCUCCUCGCCUGUCAUCUGUCCCUCUCAUCAGCAGCGGCGCACGGGUCAAACCAAGAGCCGCAGCAUCGCCACCACCAUUCACCACCGCCACUCAGACUCUCCAAUGGCGGCUCCUCCCCCUCCUCCUCGUCAAAACCGCCCCUCUCCUCUCCUUGUAGCGGGUAGUUGCUUGUCGCGAGUAGGGACGAAUCUGUGCUAGGGGCGAGAGGUGUGUGCGCGCUCUAGGGGGCAAUGGAGGGGAUGUGGAGGAAGGCCAAGAAGGCGCUGGGCGCCGGCCUCUGCGUUCGCCUCCCCGCCGUCGCCGGCGACUGGGAGGACGGCGUCAGCGAGCGCCGCGCGUCGGAUGCGCUCUCCCACGACGCGUCUUCGGCGGCGGCGGCGCAUGUGUCGGCGCCGAAUACGCCGGCCGCGGCGUUGCCGGGAGCAGGCCCGCUCCGGAGGUCCAAGUCCGGGACCAAGUCCGCCAAGGGAAUGUGCGCAAUAUGUUUCGAUCCCAUGAAGUCAGGCCAUGGACAAGCACUUUUCACUGCUGAAUGUUCUCACAUGUUUCACUUCCACUGCAUCUCCUCCAGUGUGAAACAUGGAAAUUAUGUAUGCCCAGUUUGUCGAGCGAAGUGGAAAGAGAUACCCUUUAACCGCUCGUUAUCUUCUAUUGUACCUCGUGGUAGAAGUGGGUUGAAUGUGAAUCAAGCUCGAUUACCCCAACAAGGCACCUACAUGGCUCUUCUACGCCAGGUUCCAAGUCACCAUCGAGAAGCUUCUGGUUCCCAUACUUCUGAGCCAGUUGAUUUCAAUGACGAUGAACCUUUGCAGCUGAUAGAGUCUGGUGACAGUCGUGAUGCUAGAUGCAGUAGAGCUGUGGAGAUCAAGACAUAUCCUGAAUUCUCAGCCAUUCCACAGUCGUCAUCUGAAGAUGAUUUUGCUGUUUUGAUCCAUCUAAAAGCCCCUUGUGCUAACCCAGAACAAGUCACAGGCAGACCAUUCAAUGCCACCUCAAUUGGAUACCCUACAUCUCGCGCUCCUGUUGAUCUGGUUACUGUGCUUGAUGUUAGUGGCAGUAUGGCAGGCACCAAACUAGCACUCCUAAAACGAGCCAUGGGUUUUGUUAUUCAACACCUUGGGCCUUCGGAUCGCCUUUCAGUUAUUGCUUUCUCAUCUACUGCCAGAAGGUUGUUUCAUCUCCGACGGAUGUCUCACUCUGGCAGGCAGCAAGCCUUGCAGGCUGUCAACUUGCUUGGUGCUGGUGGUGGUACGAACAUUGCUGAUGCAUUGAAGAAAGCUGCCAAGGUUAUUGAGGAUCGCAAUUAUAAGAAUCCAGUCUGCAGCAUUAUUCUGUUAUCAGAUGGUCAAGACACAUACAAUAUUUCCUCAAAUGUUAGGGGAACCCGUCCAGAUUAUAGGUCACUUGUUCCAUCUUCCAUUCUGAAUCAUACUAUCUGCACAGUGCCUGUCCAUGGCUUUGGUUUUGGUGCAGAUCAUGAUUCAGAUGCUCUGCACUCAAUUGCUGAGUCCUCUGGUGGUACAUUUUCCUUUAUCGAGGAUGAAAGUGUGAUUCAGGAUGCAUUUGCUCAGUGCAUUGGUGGGCUUCUUAGUGUUGUUGUUCAGGAUAUGCGACUAACUGUGGAAUGCGUGCAUCCUAGUGUUCAGCUUCAUACUAUCAAAUCUGGUAGUUACUUGAGUAAGGUGGCUGGAGAUGGACGAAAUGGAUCAAUUGAAGUUGGUCAUCUUUAUGCUGAUGAGGAGAGGGACUUCUUACUAUCUUUGAGCUUCCCACAAUCUCGUGAUCAGACCAUGCUUUUGAAGGUUGCAUGUGCCUAUAGAGAUUCAGUAACGAAUGAAGCCAUCAAGAUUCAUGCAGAUGAGGUAAAAAUCCUAAGGCCAAAGUCACCUACGUCUGAGCCAGUUUGCAUGGAGGUUGAUCGUGAGAGGAACCGUGUCCGUGCUGCUGAUGCUAUUGAGGCUGCAAGGGCAGCAGCUGAGAGGGGUGCUCUUUCUGAUGCAGUGGCUAUUCUUGAGCAUUGUCGGAGGAUACUCUCGGAAUCUUUUUCAAGAAAGAGUGGGGAUCGCCUGUGCAUUUCCCUUGAUGCAGAGCUAAAGGAGAUGCAGGAUAGGAUGGCUAGCCGGCAACGAUAUGAAGCUUCGGGGAGGGCAUAUCUGCUAUCUGGAUUGAGCUCACAUUCUUGGCAGAGAGCUACAACGCGUGGUGACUCUACAGACAGUACCACACUUGUUUACUCCUAUCAAACACCAUCCAUGGUUCAGAUGCUGCAGCGCUCACAGAACCAAUGCCCUUCACCUCCGGGCCUGAGGCCGCAGCUCCGACAAACUAGGUCACUCUUGGAGAAACCCCAUCCAAGGUAGAAGGCAGUUUGCCAUUGUCUCUUGCGAAGCAAGUGCAAAGAUGAUGGUGUAGAAAUUUCAUUGGUGUCAUUGCUUAGUAGGUCAGUAGUGCAGUAGCUUAGCAUUCAUCCUUUGUUCUUCUGUUCAAGUCAAGGAUGGCGGUAUACCGGAAAUGGGGAGGUGAGCUUGGAGGUAAAUAUGUUUUUGGGGGUAUACUGGAGAAAGUGAAUGGGGGCUUGGUGGUAAAUACAUUGUGAAGGGGGCCUGGGAAGAAAUAGUAGAGAACUGGAGCAGUGGUGUAAUUGCUACAAGGAGUAAGAUUGUGUAGGUUGGUAAUUUAGAUUGUCAGGAUGUUUCUAAUUGAUGAACCUCUUUUCAUUUUGCCUUUUGGUGAUGUAAAGGGUCUGGUAUGGGGGAGGUAUACCAUAGAAUCUUGGGGAAUUUUGAUUUGGGGUGGCAAUGUAAUUCCAUGGAUUUCUUGUUUUUAUUCACCAGUUAUUAAUUGCUGGUGUUCUGCUGUCGCCUUGCCGUGAAUUGCAAGUAUUAUCCACUACAUGCACGUCCUUA